GCGCCGCGUGGGUUCCACUCACCGCCUGGCCGUUCCGGGCCGGACUGCCUCCCUGGCCGGCAGGGGGCGGCACACGCUCGCCUUGUCCUGGCGCUUUUCCCAGUGGCCCGGGUCUGCGUACCAGGCUCUUCUCUCCCGGAGGGGCAAUUUUAAAAUCUCUCCCCCAGAGGGUUGGGUGGGAAAGCGGAGGAUCCUUGCGUGCCAGGAGCGAGCUGCGAAUGGGGCAGGGGGAGCACACGUGGGGCGUGUUUACAAACAGCAGCCGCGCCGCUGUGCGGAGGCGGUCCGGGUGUUGGAGCCCAGCGUCAGCGCGCGUGGAAAGUGCUGGCCCAAGCGAGGAUCAUGAGGCACGCAAAGUAAAGCAGCGGUUCGGCUGAAAGAAGACAUGAAAAAGAUAGUGGCGGUGCCAUUAAAUGAACAGAAGGAUUUUACCUAUCAGAAGUUAUUUGGAGUCAGUCUCCAAGAACUUCAACGGCAGGGGCUCACCAAGAAUGGCAUUCCAGCAAUAGUGUGGAAUAUAGUGGAAUACUUGACGCAGCAUGGACUCACCCAAGAAGGUCUUUUUCGGGUGAAUGGUAACGUGAAGGUGGUGGAACAACUUCGACUGAAGUUCGAGAGUGGAGUGUCCGUGGAGCUCGGGAAGGACGGUGAUGUCUGCUCAGCAGCCAGUCUGCUGAAGCUCUUUCUGAGGGAGCUGCCCGACAGUCUGAUCACGUCGGCGUUGCAGCCUCGAUUCAUUCAGCUCUUUCAGGAUGGCAGAAAGGAUGUUCAGGAGAGUAGCUUAAGAGACUUAAUAAAAGAGCUGCCAGACACCCACUACUGCCUCCUCAAGUACCUUUGCCAGUUCUUGACAAAAGUAGCCAAGCAUCAUGUGCAGAAUCGCAUGAAUGUUCACAAUCUCGCCACUGUAUUUGGGCCAAAUUGCUUUCAUGUGCCACCUGGGCUUGAAGGCAUGAAGGAACAGGACCUGUGCAACAAGAUAAUGGCUACAAUUCUAGAAAAUUAUAAUACCCUGUUUGAAGUAGAGUAUACAGAAAAUGAUCAACCGAGAUGCGAAAACCUGGCUAGGCUUAUCAUAGUAAAAGAGGCCAGUUAUAAGAAUUCCCUGCCCAUCCUUUUAACAAGAGGCUUAGAAAAAGACAUGCCAAAACCACCUCCAAAAACCAAGAUCCCAAAGUCCAGGAGUGAGGGAUCUAUUCAGACACACAGAGUACUGCAACCAGAGCUAUCUGAUGGCAUUCCUCAGCUCAGCUUGUGGCUAAGCCGUAGAAAAUCCUGCUUGGAAGACAUGAAUUCAGCAGAGGAUGCUAGUAGUGCCAAGUUGGUACCCAGUUCGCAGGAAGAUGAAAGACCUAUUUCACCUUUCUAUUUGAGUGCUCAUGUACCCCAAGUCAGCAAUGUGUCUGCAACCGGAGAACUCUUAGAAAGAACCAUACGAUCAGCUGUAGAACAACAUCUUUUUGAUGUUAAUAACUCUGGAGGUCAAAGUUCAGAGGACUCAGAAUCUGGAACACCAUCAGCAUCUUCUGCCACAUCUGCCAGACAGCGCCGCCGCCAGUCCAAGGAGCAGGAUGAAGUUCGACAUGGGAGAGACAAGGGACUUAUCAACAAAGAAAAUAUUCCUUCUGGGUUCAACCACCUUGAUGAUUGUAUUUUGAAUACUCAGGAAGUCGAAAAAGUACACGAAAAUACUUCUGGUUGUGUUGGAGAAAGGAGCAAACCUAAACGUCAGAAAUCCAGUACUAAACUUUCUGAGCUCCAUGACAAUCAAGAUGGUCUUGUGAAUAUGGAAAGUCUCAAUUCCACUCGAUCUCAUGAGAGAACCGGACCUGAUGGUUUUGAACGGAUGUCCGAUGAAAGGAAAGGAGGUGAAAAAGAUGGUGGACACACUCAGCAUUUCGAGAGCCCCACAAUGAAGAUCCAGGAGCAUCCCAGCCUAUCUGACACUAAACAGCAGAGGAAUCAAGAUGCCGGUGACCAGCAGGAGAGCUUUGUCUCCGAAGUGCCCCAGUUGGACCUGACUGCAUUGUGUGAUGAAAAGAACUGGGAAGAGCCUAUCCCCGCUUUCUCCUCCUGGCAGCGGGAGAACAGUGACUCCGAUGAAGCCCGCCUCUCGCCGCAGGCUGGGCGCCUGAUCCGUCAGCUGCUGGACGAAGACAGCGACCCCAUGCUCUCUCCUCGGUUCUACGCUUAUGGGCAGAGCAGACAAUACCUGGAUGACACGGAAGUGCCUCCUUCCCCACCAAACUCCCAUUCUUUCAUGAGGCGGCGAAGCUCCUCCCUGGGGUCCUACGAUGAUGAGCAAGAGGACCUGACGCCUGCCCAGCUCACACGAAGGAUUCAGAGCCUUAAAAAGAAGAUCCGGAAGUUUGAAGAUAGAUUUGAAGAAGAGAAGAAGUACAGACCUUCCCACAGUGACAAAGCAGCCAAUGCAGAGGUUCUGAAAUGGACAAAUGACCUUGCCAAAUUCCGGAGACAACUUAAAGAGUCAAAACUAAAGAUAUCUGAAGAGGACCUAACUCCCAGGAUGCGGCAGCGAAGCAACACACUUCCCAAGAGUUUUGGUUCCCAGCUUGAGAAAGAAGAUGAGAAGAAGCAAGAGCUGGUAGAUAAAGCAAUAAAGCCCAGUGUUGAAGCCACGUUGGAAUCUAUUCAGAGGAAGCUCCAGGAGAAGCGAGCGGAAAGCAGCCGUCCUGAGGACAUUAAGGAUAUGACCAAAGACCAGAUUGCUAAUGAGAAAGUGGCUCUGCAGAAAGCUCUGUUAUAUUAUGAAAGCAUUCAUGGACGGCCGGUAACAAAGAACGAACGUCAGGUGAUGAAGCCACUAUAUGACAGGUACCGGCUGGUCAAACAGAUCCUGUCCCGAGCCAACACCAUACCCAUCAUUGGUUCCCCCUCCAGCAAGCGGAGAAGCCCUUUGCUGCAGCCAAUUAUCGAGGGCGAAACUGCUUCCUUCUUCAAGGAGAUAAAGGAAGAAGAGGAGGGGUCAGAAGACGAUAGCAAUGUGAAGCCAGACUUCAUGGUCACUCUGAAACCCGAUUUCAGUGCACGAUGCUUUCUGGACCAAUUCGAAGAUGAUGCUGAUGGCUUUAUUUCCCCAAUGGAUGAUAAAAUACCAUCAAAAUGCAGCCAGGACACAGGGCUUUCGAAUCUCCAUGCUGCCUCAAUACCUGAACUCCUGGAACACCUCCAGGAAAUGAGAGAAGAAAAGAAAAGGAUUCGAAAGAAACUUCGGGAUUUUGAAGACAACUUUUUCAGACAGAACGGAAGAAAUGUCCAGAAGGAAGACCGCACUCCUAUGGCUGAAGAAUACAGUGAAUACAAGCACAUAAAGGCAAAACUGAGGCUCCUGGAGGUGCUCAUCAGCAAGAGAGACACGGAUUCCAAGUCCAUGUGAGGGGUGACCCCCGCCCGAGCACAGGGGGCUGGCAGCUGCAGUGAGAGUUUACUCUCCCCUGAGAAAGAGCAGCUCUGGAAGGCAGCCUUGGAGCUGGCCCUGCAAAGCAUGCGGCCCUUCUGCCUCUAGACCAUUUGGCAUCGGCUCCUGUUUCCAUUGCCUGCCUUAGAAACUGGCUGGAAGAAGACAAUGUGACCUGACUUAGGCAUUUUGUAAUUGGAAAGUCAA